AUGUGCCGCGCAGCCCUGGAGCUGCUGAUCCUGGUAACACUCGGCUGUCGGUCAAGUGCCGGAGAUGCUUCCUGCCCAGAACCUCAGAGGGCCUUUCAAGGCUCCUGCUUUGAGUUUGUAGCUCACCAUCGCUCCUUUGUCGGUGCUCAAGCCUGGUGUGAGGAGAGCGGAGGACACCUUGCAUUCAUUCCUGAUGAAAACACUCAAUAUUUCCUCCAGAAGCACCUGGACCCGCAGAGGGACAUGUGGAUUGGAGUCGCACGUGCUGCCUCUCUGAACGAGCAGGAUUCUGCCACAGCUGAAGGUCCUCUCUCCUGGUUGGAUGAUUCACAUAUCACCUUUUCAAACUGGGCCAGCAGCCCAGAGCCUGGAGCGGCUUGUGGACACAUACUGAAACACUCAGGCUUCCAGUGGGCAGCCACAGGAGACUGCGACAGAAAGCUGAGCUUCAUGUGCCAGUUUGAGUCUAGGAGAGCCAUCGUGUGUGCGGGCCAGACCAUCGCUCUGCAAUGUGCUUCUGGCCAAGUGCUGGUGAUAGACGGUGGAUUCUAUGGUCGCAAGAAUGUUCAUUACUGUCAGUCCACAACCUCCACAGCAACGACCUCCUCACGGCAGUGUGGCUGGGUGAAUGUUGUGGAAUCGCUUACAGCCCACUGUCAGGGCCGUCAGGUUUGCCAGAUUGCCGAAGCUGGGAAGUCCUUUGGUGAACCCUGUCCUCCGCUGGGGAAUUACCUGUCGGUGGAUUACCACUGCGAAGAGGGGUUCACGAUGACAAUGAACACGUCGGCUGCUGUUUUUACUGACGUCACCAUCAUCAUUAAGUGGCUCUUAACACCGUCACGUGGAAAACCUCUGUGCCGCCUGAGCACCGGAGAUGGCCACGUUUUCCAUGUGGACAGUCCAGUGGGGUUGGAGAGCAGACUGAUCCACAGAUAUACUCACCCGAGCACGUGUGUUGUGGCGGUUGACUGCACCAGCGGUGACAUGCACGUCACGUCGCAGAAAAUAAUUACCAUCAUGGAGCCGGUCACAGACAUCCGUGUCACCAGGUGCUACGCUGGAACGCAGACUUUCCAUGCAACCGACUGCAGAGCGCUGUAUGGACGAGCCUUUCAAAUGCAAAUGGCAGUAAAAACAGGUCUAAAUAUAAGCUACAGAAUCCAGAGUGAGGAGACUGUGUUCCUCGGUUUCUUUGUGGUCAAAGGAAACGUUUCUCAUAACAUCAGCGUGACUCCAGAGAUGGUGAAGCAGCUCGGGCCCGGCUGCCACCAGCUCACGAUCUCUGCGUCUAACAUGGUCACGUUCCCUGAAGUGUCCACAGAGCUGCAGGUGUGUAUUCUGGAGCAAGUGGCCGGGCUCCAGGCGUCCGUGUUGACAGAUGACUGUCUACAUUCUUCAGAUAUUGCUGUUGCCGUUUCCCUGGAACAAGGAGCCCCUGCACUGCUCCUCUUCUCCCUGACAGGAGACAACAGCAUCUCAUUCUACGAGACCAGAGACAUGGAUGCAAGGAAAGCCAUCUUUCAUAUUAGUCACCCAAUUCAAGGAGGAAAAGAGUAUGAAAUGAAAAAAUACACAAUAAAGAUAGAAAACUCUGCCUCGACUGAACCACCUGCCACUGUUACGACAGCAGCAGCAGGAGUCAUCACAGCCGCUCCGCCCACUACAGUACCCGUCACGAUCAGUGCCUCUACGAUCAGUGCUACGCCGAACCCUGGAACCCCGAUCAGUGCUACACCGAACCCUGGAACCACGAUCGGUGCUACGCCGAACACUGGAACCACGAUCAGUGCUACACCGAACCCUGGAACCACGAUCGGUGCUACGCCGAACCCUGGAACCACGAUCAUUGCUACGCCGAACCCUGGAACCACGAUCGGUGCUACGCCGAACCAUGGAACCCCGAUCAGUGCUACGCCGAACCCUGGAACCACGAUCGGUGCUCAACCAAACACGGCCACCACGAUCAUUGCUACGCCGAACACUGGAACCACGAUCAUUGCUACGCCGAACCCUGGAACCACGAUCGGUGCUCAACCAAACACGGCCACCACGAUCAUUGCUACGCCGAACACUGGACCCACGAUCAUUGCUACGCCGAACCCUGGACCCACGAUCUUUGCUACGCCGAACACUGCCACGGAAAGUGCAACCUCAAUCACCAUUACCAUUCCUGCAACCACUGGUCCACCAGUGUCCGGCGGCUCUUCUGAAACCCUCUCGUGUAGCAUAUCGCCAUCGAGUGGAACAGUCCUCGAUGCUUUUGAUAUAACCUGUGAGAGUAAAAUCUCCUGCUUGAGUUGUCAAUAUUGUUUUAAGGCUGACGGUAAUCAUCUGCGUUGCAGCGAUAACAAAGCCGUGGCAUUCGUCUUCCUUCCUCUUGGAGACAACAGUAACAACUAUAACCUGAUUAUCACCGCAACUGUAAAAAAUGACAACUUUGUUGCAAGCACCACCUUAACAGCACAGGUUGGUCAAAACCCUGAUGGUUUGAAAAAAAACUCCGGCGCUACAGUGGAUGAUCUGAAGUCGACAGUGGAGAAUGCUGUGGCACAGCUGAAGAAACAAGGUCUCCUGUCAGGAGAGACCAUCGGACAAAUCAUCGGUUCUGUGUCCGACAAACUCAGCAGUCAAUCGGGGGAAUCGGGGAAAGCUGAAAGGGAACAGCUUCGGGAGCAGAUGCUGCACAUGUUGACUGAUGCAGUGAAGGACGUUCCCAUCAAAACUCCACAAGAGGUUCAGGUGGUCGCCAGAAGUCUGACUGCUGUCAUCGCCAAAGAAGUCAACUCCACUGCUCAGGAGGAAGCCUCUUUAUUAUUAGUGAACCUCAGCUCGUCCCUGCUCCACAUGGAUGUGAGCAACAGUGAAGAAAGCAAGAAGGAAAUGCAAAGUGCAGCCAGCAGCAUUCUGGAAGGAGCGAGCAAUAUCCUGGACAACUCUUCCAAUAAAAACGUCUCUGAUGCUCUUCUCGUCAUCCUGAACAAUAUCCAGAGUGCACUGUUGAUACACCACGCUAAUAACAAGGGGCCGACUGUUAUCCGGGAAAAUAAUAUUGUUGUUUAUGUCAAUAGAGUGACUCCAGGAAGUUUGCACAUGGAGCCUUUAACGUUUCCCAACUGUUCCUGCCCCUCGUUUUCUCUCCCGACCCUACCCUCCAACAUAUUACCUCCAGAUGAAUCAGUGGAUUUACGAAUGCUGAGUUUGGAUAAAAAUCCAUUUUCCUGGAACGAGGGAGGGAACAUCAGCAGCCAAAUUGUUUCUCUGUCCCUCACAAGAGAAGAUGGCUCCACUAUCCAUUUAAAGGAUUUAAGUGAGGAUGUUGAGAUUCUGCUGCCAACGCCUGAUGGGAGUCAGGUGAACACCUCAGUUCUGGAUCUGGGAAACUACAGCACCACGAUCAUUGAAAUUCCUUCAGCGGACUCUACGCUGGUGUUAAAGAUGAUGCCUUCAGAAGAUCCAUUACCCUUCAAGCUGCUCCUUGGCUAUAUGAGCUACCCCACUGAGGACAGUUACGUAGCAAUGACAGAGAUGCCUCAAGAGGGAAAAACACAAGAGGAGAGAUACACGUGGCUUGUAGACGCAAAGAAGCUCCAGAUGGAAACUGGGGUGCACUAUCUUGUUGUGAGGCCCAUUGUAGGACCAGGCAUAAAAUCCAUCAAUGCCACUUUGUCCAUCAUCUCCAUAUCUGUUGCGUGUACAUUUUGGAAUGAAUCAACGCUGGAAUGGAGCGGCAAAGGAUGCAGGGUGGGUGCACAGACGACCCAUUUAGUCACCCAGUGCUUCUGCAACCACCUCACCUUCUUCGGAGGCUCCUUCUUCGUCACCCCCAACCUCGUGGACGCGUCCCGCACCGCUGAGCUGUUUGGGACCUUCGCGGAGAACCCUGUGGUCGUGUGCUUCGUGGGUUCACUCUUUGUGGCUUAUCUCCUGGUGGUUGUGUGGGCUCGACGCAAAGACAUCCAAGAUGCGGCCAAGGUGAGGGGGUCAGUGCUAGAGGACAAUGACCCCAUGGACGAGUAUCGAUACCUGUUAUGUGUCAGCACUGGGCAUCGGAGAGGAGCCUCCACUUCCUCUCAGAUAACACUAACCCUGCUGGGUGCUGAUGGAAACAGCGAGCCACACCACCUGACAGAUCCAAAGAAGUGCGUGUUUGAGAGAGGGGCGGUGGACAUGUUCCUGCUCACGACACCCUUCUCACUGGGAGAGCUGCAGGGCGUCCGGCUGUGGCACGACAACUCAGGCAGCCAUCCUGCAUGGUAUGUCGGCCAUGUCAUGGUGCAGGAUGCACAGACGGACCAGAAAUGGCAUUUUCUGUGUAACUCCUGGUUGGCCAUAGACGUGGGAGAUUGUUCCCUUGAUAAAGUUGUCCCUGUCUCCACAGAGACAGAUUUGAAGAGUUUCAGUAAUUUGUUCUAUAUGAAGACGACAAAGGAUUUGAGCGAUGGACACCUCUGGUACUCUGUGAUCAGCCGCCCGCCGAGCAGCACCUUCACCUGUGUGCAGAGAGUGUCCUGCUGCUUCUCCCUGCUGCUCUGCACCAUGCUGACCAGCAUCAUGUUCUACGGCAUCCCCACGGACCCGUCUGAGCAGACCAUGGACCUGGGUCACUUUGAGUUCACGUGGCAGCAGUUCAUGGUUGGAGUUCAGAGUUCACUCAUCAUGUUUCCAGUGAACAUCCUCAUCGUUGGCAUCUUCAGAAACACUCGUCCUCGUGAGACGUCGUGCUGCAGACGCAGAGCAGAACAACCGGAUGACGGCUCCUCACAGACCGCCUCCACCCAGAUGAAUGACCACGUCACUUUAGACUCUAUUGCCAAGGACAUUAAGAGAAUACUCCGCUCAUUCUCCAAGAGCAUGAAAAGCAACAUCCCAUCUACAGAGUCCGAGCUCGGGCCUGAACAACCAGCUGACAUCGAUGCUCUCCUCUCUGUGGUGAAGGAUUACAUCAGACAGAUUUAUGAAACCAGUGACGAAGCAGAGUCGAGCACAGAGAUUGUUCCUGACGUGGCUCAGCCUCAGGAAGCAGAUUCAGAAAGCGGAGGCAGUGUGCAGCCUGUGAUAGACGUGGAGGGCGUUCAGAAGAGCAACAGAACCCGGUAUCUGUACCGGCAGAUGUGCCACAUCGACAGAGCGCUGGGCCUGCUGGGCUCGUCCGGCUUCCCGAGCCCACACAGCUACAGCCGGGCUCUGCAGCAGGUUCAGGGCAUGAAGGUCUUCCUUGAAGAUCAGCUCCUCGCGUCCAGCAGCGCCAGCCCGGAUGAACUCAGCUCUAGUGGUGACGGUCAGAAGAAGAAGGAGAAGAAGAAGGGCUGCUGUCAUGGAGGGCUGCCCUGGUGGUUCAUCUUUGUCGGCUGGCUGCUCGUGAUAGCUACCAGUUCCGUAGCAGGAUUUUACACGAUGCUUUACGGUUUGAAAUUUGGGAAGGAUCGCUCCUGCAGCUGGUUGGUGUCCAUGAUCGUGUCCUUCUUUCAGAGCAUCCUCAUCAUUCAGCCUCUGAAGGUGCUGUGUCUUGCAGCCUACUUUGCACUGGUCAUAAAGAAAGUUGACGAGGAAGAUUUUCAAAAUGUGGCAUUUGACUCAAAAGCAGGUAAAAAAAAAUGACCCACUAUAAAAUCUCUUGACCAACACACGCUCCGACAGGACAGGAGUGUUUACCAGCCGCCUCCUCCUGGAGACGUUGAGAGGAUGAAGAGGAUCAAGAUGAUUGAGCAGAAGGCCUUUGCCCUCUUCAGAGAGAUUUUCAUCUACACAGGCUUCAUGUGGAUGCUGCUGCUGGUGGCGUACGGCCAGAGGGAUCCCAAUGCCUUCCACCUGAACCAGCACAUCAGGAACAGCUUCAGUCCAAGCACCUCACAGAGCAUGAGUCUCAGGGACGUGUUCACCUGGGCCAACACGUCUCUGCUCAGUAACCUCUUUGGAGUUUAUCCAGGAUUUAUCACGGAUGGAAACUCGAAGCUGGUGGGAAACGCUCGUCUUCGUCAGCUGAGAGUGAAGAAGAGCUCCUGUCAGAUCGCGGGCUCCAUGCUGCAUCUGGUGCCGGACUGCCACGCACCGUAUUCAUGGGAGGUGGAGGACAUGGACUCCUAUGACUCUGGUUGGAACCAGUCUCUGGGGGAUAACACCACGCUGAGCUCCCCCAGCCCCUGGACGUACCAGACUCAGGCCCAGCUCAGGUCCUACCCGGUGUGGAGCAAAAUGGUGCUCUACAGGGGGGGGGGCUUUGUAGCGGUGCUUGGCCCUGAUUUGGAGAAUGCCAGCAGAACCAUCGAGUAUCUGUUCAGGAACAAAUGGCUGGACACGUACACACGGGCAUUCUUUGUAGAGUUCACCAUUUACAACGCCAACGUCAACCUCUUCUGCAUCGUGACUCUCUUACUGGAGACUGCAGCUGCUGGGGCGUUUCAGUUCCACAGCGAGCGGCAGAGUGUCCGACUCUACCAGUCCACUGGGAACCUCUACAUCUUCGUCAUGGCUGCCGAGAUCAUAUACCUGCUUUUCAUCAUCUAUUACAUGUUUGUGCAGGGCAAAUUAAUGAAGCAGCAGCGGUGGAGUUACUUCAGCAGCAAGUGGAACCUCCUGGAGCUGUCAAUCAUCUUAUUGAGCCUGAGCGCCUUGGCUGUUUUCAUAAUGAGGACCCUGCUCGGAGACCGUGAUGUGACCUACUACCAAAACCACAAAGACCAAUUUCCCAGUUUCUACGAGACGGCCUACACAGACUCCGUGCUUCAGUAUCUGAUCGCCUUCCUGGUGCUGCUCGCCACCGUCAAACUGUGGCACCUGCUCCGGCUCAACCCCAAGAUGUACAUGGUCACCGCCACGCUGCAGAGGGCCUGGGGCGACAUCUCCGGCCUCCUCAUGGUCAUUGGGAUCAUGUUCAUAGCGUAUUCCAUUGCCUGCAAUGUGAUUUACGGCUGGAGGAUCUCAUCUUAUAAAACCCUGGGGGAUGCUCUCCUCACCAUCAUCAGCCUGCAGCUGGGCAUUUUUAACUACGGAGAGGUUUUGGACAACAGCCCUAUGCUUGGUGGAUGUCUCAUCGGCUCCUGUAUCGUGUUCAUGACGUUUGUGGUGCUCAACCUGCUCAUUACAGCCAUCCUCGUGGCCUUUAAGCAAGAGCAGCUCAAUCACAAGCCCUCAGAGGAGCAGGAGAUUGUCGACGUGAUGCUGAAGCAGAUCUACAGUUUCUUUGGGAUCAGAUGUAAAGAAACAAAAGAGGAAAGACUCUCGGAGCCUGAGGUGAACGGCAGCUCUGGCUCGAUCCUCCACAGCAGCGGAAAUAUCAAAUCUGUCGACCUCAACAUUUCUCAGACGUCUGAGAAACCAACAAAGUGAUAAACCCGUGAUGUAACAUAUCUUUGACUGUUAAUGAAAGUUACUAAAAUCCUGAUGCUCAUCUGUUCAUUAUACUUUGCUUUGUGUUAAUAUGUUAAUACUUACACAUAUGACUUUAAAGCACAUCAGGAAACAUACACACCUUUAGGCUAGGGAAUAUAUAUAUAUAAAUAAUUCUUAUUUGUUUAGGUCUGUAUUUGUUAUUAUUUUGUAUGUACUCUAUGUAUGUGGUUGUGUGUUUUUGUGUAGGUGUGUGUGUGAGCACUGUAUAAUUAAAUGUGUUCUGCCUUUCCUUCCAGUAAUCUGUACUGUGUCGAAGUGAUAUUUAAAGAAACCAUCAAGAUGUUCAAUCUUUGUUCAUCUGGAGACACACGUGUGGUAACCAUGUAGGCAG